AUGGGUUGCAAUGCAUUGCUAGCUGAAGCGCUGCACUGCUUUCUUACAUGCGGCGGUUGCAUUUUCCUACAUGGAACACAUGAACAGACACAAAACUACAAUGCUGGUGUGCGAAAGCUACAAGAGUGCUUGCAGGAACUGCAACAAGCCAAAAGCAGCUUGGCGCCGCAGAUAUGCAUUGGCAGAGGGAGGCCUGCUUUCUCAAUUGCGCAAUUGCAUAAAUUCAUGAAGCUGAUGCUUGGCAUUUACUUAAAUAAGUUCAAGCUCAUAGACGGUCAGACUGCAGACUGA